AUGGGGGCCAAAAAGGUUGCGUCAGCUAACCCGGCUCCUUGGGAAUCCGUGCCUGCCCAUGAGCAGCUGUUCGUCCUCAUCACCGGUGCAAACAGUGGAAUUGGCCUAGGGACAGUCCACGUCCUCAUUGACGAAUUUCUCGCUACACGCUCCCUCAGCUCGCACCUGAUUGUCAUCCCCACGACGCGAUCCGGCUCCAAGUCUCUCGAUACCAUCCGGGAACUGCGAGCGUAUGCUGCCAAAGCGGCGAGGACAUCCAAGAGCCUGGCGUCCCGCGCCGGCCCAGAGUACAAAUGGGAAGAUGCGGUUGCAAGAAUCCACAUCCUGAGCUUGUCCUUGGAUCUUUGCGACCUCCGUGCUAUCCGAGCCCUGUCAUACAGGUUGCGCUAUGAGACGGUGAGCAACCCAGAGGGUCUGGAGGGGGAAUAUCUGCGCAAUGUAAGGAUUCCUCGGUUGGACAGCAUCAUUUGCAACGCUGCCUAUGGCGGCUGGGCUGGGAUCGACUGGUUCAAGGCUAUUUGGUCCGUCCUCUCAAAGGGCAUAAUUCAGACGGCUACUUGGCCAGAGUUUAAGCUGUCGUUGCCGACGUGCAUCUUAAACGAGCGGCCAGUUUACAAUUAUCCCGUCAAACCACUGCUAGGCGAAGUAUUUUGCGCCUGCGUCUUUGGCCACUACAUGCUCGCACACAAUCUCCUCCCCCUACUGAGCAGGUCAUCCAAGAACGAGGCACCUGGCCGCAUUAUCUGGUCCAGUAGCGUCGAGGCGGUCCGACGAGUCUUUGACGUCGACGACAUGCAAUGCUUCAUGCGGCCCGAGGCAUACGAAUCGGUUAAACGACUCACCGAUCUCCUUUCCCUAAGCGCAACACUCCCCGCUGCCCAGCCAUUCUCCUCGCGCUUCCUCACCAUCGACGAUGACACCGAAGCAGCCAAAAAACAAGUCGUCAAACCAAAACUCUACCUCACUCACCCCGGCGUCGUGGCCAGUACUCUCUUCCCUGUCCCCUGGUUCUUCUUUUGGGCAUACGAGCUCGCCCUCUUAAUCAGCCGCUGGCUAGGCUCCCCCUGGCACAACGCCAACGGCUACCGCGGCGCCAAAGCCGCUGCCUGGGUCGUCCUCCAGAAUCAAGAAGCCCUUGACGAGUCCGACGCCGAGCGCAUCAAAUGGGGCAGCAGCACGGAUGCCAAACUCAUCAAUGACGUGAAGAAGACGGAGGUAGAGGGCUGGGGAUGGGAUGGGACGCCUGAGACUGCGGAUACUAUUGCCGCAGACACAGCGGUCGGUGUUUUGCGGAAAUCUGUCGGGAGGAAGAUUGGGGUCCGGGAUGCGACGGCUGAGGAUAUUGCUGAAUUCGAGGAGAUGGGGGCUAGUGUUUGGCAGCAGUUGGAGACGCUGAGGGCUCAGUGGGAGGAUAUCAUUGAACGUGACGAUGAAUAG